AUGUGCAUCAACGGAUCCCUGCCCCUUAAUGAAAGCUCAGAAAACAGCAGGCUGGAGAGGGAGUCUGUUACUGUCUUGAGCGUCCUGAGCGUGACUCUUCUGAGCUUUCUGAUCAUCGCCACCUUCGCUUGGAACCUUUUGGUGCUGCUAACUAUCCUGAGAGUGAAGACCUUUCACCGUGUGCCUCAUAACUUGGUGGCCUCUAUGGCAGUCUCUGAUGUGAUGGUGGCUGCCUUGGUGAUGCCUCUCAGUCUGGUCAAUGAGUUGUUCGGGAGGCGCUGGAGGCUGGGCAGGGUCUUAUGUUAUGUCUGGAUUUCCUUCGAUGUCCUGUGCUGCACGGCCAGUAUCUGGAAUGUUACCGCCAUCGCCCUGGACAGGUUCUGGUCUAUCACCAGGCACUUGGACUACACUUUAAAGACUCGAAAGCGGAUCUCCAAUAUUAUGAUCGUCCUUACAUGGGCGCUUUCGGCUGUCAUCUCGUUCUCUCCCCUUCUUGGAUGGGGGGAAGCCUACUCGGCUGACAAGGAGAACUGCCAGGUCAGCCAGGAGCCAUCCUACACCGUCUUUUCAACCUGCGGCGCUUUCUACUUGCCGCUUUGCGUGGUUCUGUUCGUAUACUGGAAAAUCUACAAGGCUGCCAAGUUCAGGAUAGGGAGCCGGAAGAGGAAUGCUGUUGUUCCAUUGCCCGAAAUACUGCAGGUGAAGGAAGCUAGUCACCAGCCCCAGAUGGAGUGUGCGGUCCGACAUACCGCCCUGACGUUCCAGGCAGACGGAGAAGCUUGGCGCCAACAGAAGGAAAAGAAGGCGGCGGUGAUGGUAGGGAUCUUGAUCGGGGUCUUCGUUUUGUGUUGGAUCCCAUUUUUCAUCACUGAGCUCAUCGGUCCCCUGUGCUCUUGCAACAUUCCCCCUGUCUGGAAGAGUAUAUUUGUCUGGCUCGGCUAUUCCAAUUCCUUCUUCAAUCCUCUCAUCUACACAGCUUUCAACAAAAAUUACAACAACGCUUUCAGAUAUUUAUUUAUAAAACAGCGGUGA